AUGCCUCACAGCACGGAGAGCCUCAAGCUCACCAGCAACAACCUGUCCUCAAUCUCCUCUCAGGAAGGCAAGCAGACCGUAAAGGUCCCCACGUACGACCGCACCGUCGUCAAGGAGGGCAUCGUCCACGUCGGAGUCGGCGGCUUCCACAGAGCUCACUUGGCUGUCUACAUCGACCGCCUCCUCCAGAAGCACGAUGAGCGCGACUGGGCCAUUUGCGGCGUCGGCCUCCGGCCCAACGACGCCGCCAUGCGCGACGUCCUGAGCGCCCAGGACCACCUCUACACACUCAUCGAGCGCUCCGCAAAGGGCAGCAACGCCAGCGUCAUUGGCAGCAUCAACUCGUUCCUCUUCGCGCCCGACGACCGCGAGGCCGUUAUCGCCAAGAUGGCCCACCCGGACACCAAGAUUGUGUCCCUGACCAUCACUGAGAGCGGCUACUACUACAACGAGAACACGCACCAGCUGCAAUCGGAGCACCCCGACAUCCAGCACGACCUGGCCAACGAGGACCAGCCCAUCAGCAUCUUUGGCUUCCUCUACGCCGCGCUGGCUAGGCGUCACGCCAACGGCCAGAAGCCCUUCACCGUCCUCUCCUGCGACAACAUGCAGAAGAACGGCUCUAUCACCCGCUCCAUGCUCGAGUCCUUCGCCCGCCUCAAGAACCCAGAGAUCGCCGCGUGGAUCGCCGAGAAGGGCGGCUUCCCUAACGCCAUGGUCGACCGCAUCACCCCCAGUACCUCCCAGAACGACAUCAAGUCGCUCGCAGAGGUCUUUGGCAUCGAGGACGGCUGGCCCGUCGUCACCGAGCCCUUUAUGCAGUGGGUCGUCGAGGACAAGUUCUGCGACGGCCGCCCGCCCUUUGAGAAGGUCGGCGUCCAGAUCGUCGAGGGCGUGCACGAGGUCGAGCAGUUCGAGAAGCACAAGCUCCGCCUCCUCAACGCCUCGCACUCCGCCAUGGCCUACCCCGGCCAGCUCGCCGGCUUCAAGUACGUCCACGAGGUCAUGGAGCACCCCAUCUACCGCAAGUUCGUCUGGCAGAUGAUGCAGGAGGAGGUCAAGCCCCUGCUUCCCGAGAUCCCCGGCGUCGACAUUGACGAGUACUGCAACACCCUCAUGGAGCGCUUCUCCAACCCCACCAUCAUGGAUCAGAUCCCCCGCGUCGCCCUCGGCGCCUCGGGCAAGAUCCCACAGUUCAUCAUGCCCUCCAUUGCCGAGCAGAUCUGGACCACGGGCCCCUUCCGCCGCCUGUGCUUCGUCGCCGGCGCCUGGUUCCGCUACAUCAACGGUGUCGACGACGAGGGCAAGACCUUCACUGUCGACGACCCGAUGCGCGAGGAGCUCCAGGCCUUGGCAAAGGCCGGCGGCAACGACCCGCGCCAGCUGCUCAGCGUCAAGAUUCUCUUCGGUGACGACUUGCGCGGCGACCAGCGAUUCAUUGAUGAGGUCACCAAGGCCAUGGAGCUCAUCGCCAAGGAUGGCGUGAUGGCCACCAUUCCCAAUCUUCAGAUGACCGAUCAACUUCCCAUCAUGGAAAUCAAGUGGAAUCUCACUGUGGGCGAGAGAUAUGUGAGACUCGACGCCGCCGGUGCCAGCUUGAGUAUCUUGGAAGAGGCGCAGAAGACCGUGACCCCCGAGAAAGUCGAGCAGAUCGCCGACGAACUCACCACGGAGGAGCAAAAGGAAAAGGUAUUUGAGGGCAUCCAUUGUAUAGCAGCUACCGAUACCGAUACCUAUUCGUUUGUCUUUGAGACCUUGGUCGACAUGUACCUGAUGUCUUACAAGCUCAAUGAGGACCAGAAAAAGGCGAUUGAAAGUCUGGUUAGCGAGGUUAAGGAGUUGCGUGGGCAGAUAGAGAGGCAGCGCAUCAGGUUAUGCCGCGCGGAGCGAUUGGCCAUGCUAAGAAGCAAAGGGGAGGAUCCUUAUGGGUGUUAG